CUGGCGGUAAAGUUCGAAACACUGCUGGUACAAUAUGAGUGUCCUCAAUGACUUAUUCGUGCAAAUUGUACAGUCCGAAGAGAGAAUUCGUGAACGGUUUUCCAUACUGCGGAAAGUAAACAGUGAAAUCCAGGACUUCCAGCUAAAAUUUCAAGACCUUACAGAAGACCUGAAAUCAUUGCAGGGUUUGGUUGUGCUUAAAAACCAGCAUUUAGCUGAGGAAGAGCUUGACCUUAGGUGGUUUGGUAUCCGAGGAGUUGUUUCAUUAAAAAAGAGACAAGAGCUAUCAGCAAGAGCUGAACAUCUUUGCCAGAAAAAGAAAGAGGCAGAAAGAGGAAUCAGCAAUGAAAAAAAACAAUUUUCAAGAGAUGUCACCCAGUUCAUUUCCUUACUUGAGUCAGAUGAGAGAGCAGAGGAAAACCAAUUGUUAGAAGCCACCAUGCAGAUGGAGGAACUCAAAUGCCAACAAGAGAGAUUGAAACAAGAUGUGGCAAAUGCAAAGUCUGUUUAUGAAGAAAUAACUCUUCUAAAUGAAAGUAAUGAUUUAAUUAAGAAGUUACAAUGACGUGGGUCUGCACUUUACAGGUAAGUCUAGCCAAAUGACUUUCUUAAAACUGCAGUACAUGUAGAUAUUUCAACAUUUCGUGGAAAGCAGGCUAGAAAAAGAUAGCCACGUGGAACAAUACUAAUACAAAGAUUUAUUCAGGCCUAAAGGCAGAGCUGCACUUAGUUGAUUUUACUGACGUUCGCUUCAUUAGAACUCCUCACUGGCUGUUGAAGAGUUAACUUAUUACAAUGUGAGGGGCAUUCAUUAUAUGAUAUAAGAUCAUUAUAUGAUAUAAGAUCAUUAUAAGAUGUGGGGUGGAAAGUCAGGUUUUUUAGCGGUUCAAGAGCAGGCUUUAUAUUUUUAUUUACCAAAAAGGGCGAUUGUCAUCUCUUCUGGUUCGGUGGACACUGAGAUUGAACGUGACAAUGGUAAUAACAAGGUUACUCGAAGUAGUAGCUCCACUUAAAAUUCUUAUUUUAGUUUUGUAACCUGUUACCCUCAAGCACACAUGUUCUCGCCUUGUGCAUCAUGGGGAUGAAAAUUGAUUUAAACUCCAUGCAUAAAGUUACUAAAAAGAUACUCUAGGUGCCCUAAAGAUUGAAAAGGGGGAGACAGGGUCAAAGCAUAGUUAGCAGAGGGGACAAGAGGAGGGUAGAAAAUUGUGUAUUAUGCACAACAUCAUCCAUGGGAAAUGUCCUGAUUAUUUUAAUCAUUAUAUUCGUUACGUUAAAAAUAGACAUAAUUACACAACUCGGGCGUCAACUACUUUUUUUAGCACAAUGACUGGCAAGCGUUCAUUUCUUGCAAGUGGCACUAGAUUAUGGAACAACCAAGACAGUACUACAAGGGGUCUCACCUCCCUUUGUAAAUUUAGAAAUGAACUGUACAAUAAAUAUUUAGAUCGGAACUCUACAAUAAAUAAUUUUGUCAUAAGUUUAAAUAUUUAAUUAAUUUUUAAUUGUAUUUUUCUUCGUAUUUUUGCUAUUUAAUUUUGUAGUUUUAGAGGACCACAAUGAGAACUACUGGUUUUCCCAGUAAUUGUGUGAUUCAAUAAAGUCAUUUAUUUAUUAUUUAUUUAUUACGUGCCAUUUAACGUCCCCUUUGGGGGAAUCCUUGCCACUUUGUAAAAUUCACAUAUCUUAUGACCAAAAGUGUAUAUCAAAGUUCCCUUUGUGGAUUGGAUAUCAGUAUUUGUAAGAACAUUUCGAUCAGGGGCUUGAGCCUGAGUAUUUAGUACAAUCCACAAAACAUUACAUGUUGCAAUGAGUUAACAAUAACGCGCAAACUCACACAGUUCAGAACA